AUGUCGACUGCCGCCCGCCGUCGUUUAAUGCGAGACUUCAAGCGCAUGCAGACCGACCCUCCCGCUGGUGUAUCUGCUUCUCCUGUUCCCGACAAUGUUAUGACUUGGAACGCUGUCAUCAUUGGGCCUGCCGAUACCCCGUUCGAAGAUGGAACCUUCCGGCUUGUGAUGCACUUCGAGGAGCAAUACCCGAACAAACCACCCGCCGUUAAAUUCAUCAGCCAGAUGUUCCACCCCAACGUCUAUGCCACAGGCGAGCUGUGUCUAGAUAUCCUCCAGAAUCGAUGGAGCCCCACGUACGAUGUUGCGGCUGUCUUGACGAGCAUUCAAAGUCUACUUAACGACCCCAACACCGGUUCUCCUGCGAACGUGGAGGCAUCCAAUCUGUAUAAGGACAACCGAAAGGAGUACACUAAGAGAGUUCGCGAGACGGUUGAGAAAAGCUGGGAGGAUUAA